AUGAGGUGCCUUAUCACCACGGCCAUCAUCACCUCCUCACGUGAGACCAUAAUUAGACCUUUUACCUCUGGGCAGGCUCCUGCAAAUUUGUAGCUCUGCGGCAUUUAAUCUGCAAUCAAACCAGGAAGCUGAAGGAAGUCCGGGUGCAAGACCUGUUAGUCAGCCGCUGGGUCUGAGCUGGAUUGCCCAAAGCGCCUGCCCUUCAGGAGCUCUCUGGCAAAGCGGCUGGGUCACAAUGAGGCAUGACUGAGUGCCCGGCUAUUUAGAACACAUGACAAGAGGCACCUAGAGUGGCUGGUUAGAUCCCAGCUGUGCCUCACUUCCCCACUUCUCCUCUCAGGUCCUCUUGGGGAGGAUCUCAGCUGGACACAACCGGCAGCCAGCCAGUUACUCCUGGACCAUUUUGGACAAGCAUCCAGAAGAGAGGAUCUGGCCCUCCAGAGCCAAGAGGCCUGGUGACCGAGAGGCCAGCCACCCAGGAUCCAUUGGGGGCCCAGAGCAGCCCCCCUGGGAAGGCCCUAGGAUGGGUCUGCGAGAGUCGCCCUACUCCAACCGCGUCCUGGGGGCCAUGGACUCUGCGCUGCGGCACAUCCUCUUUCCCAGCUAUUGGCUGCUCAACCAGUUGCUGGCCUUGCAGCAGACCACCCAGGAGAAGCAAGAACACCAGCAUGGGCCCCCCUACGCCCUGCAGGCGGUGGGCAAGGGGGUCGUCUUGGUGCCCCUGCUGCUCCUCUCUGCCCCUUUCUCGCUGCUGGCCUUCCUGCUGUGGCUGCCCCUGCAGGCUGCCCGCCGCCCCUUCGCCUACCAACACACGCCAAGCCAGGCCCCGCCAGACGAGUGGGUGCUCCCCGGCCCGGCAAAGACCUUCAGUGUGGUCAGCGGCAACCUCUGCCUGCUUCCUGUUGGCUUGGCCAAGUUCAGCAACCUGUCGCGGACGCAGUGGCGUGCCAAGCACAUCGGUCAGGCGCUGGCGCAGGCGGCCUCCGGCUCCCCACAGUCUCAUGAGCCAGGCCCCCGGGGGGACUUCCAGAACGGCUUCAGCCCCUCGGGCGUGAGGAAGUACGGGGCCAUGGAGGCCAGCCCCCCACGGUCUAGCCAGGGCUCCCCUCAGCUCAGCGGGGAUGUGGUACUUGAGAUGCCCCUCGAAGAGGAAGGAGCGGCUGCUGCGUCACCCUCGGAGAUCACGACCCAGUUCCCCCUCUACGCAGACUUUGUGUGCCUGCAGGAGGUCUUUGACCAGCAGGCCUCAAGGCAGGUGCGCCAUUUCCUCGCCCCCUUCUAUGAGCACAUCAUCUAUGAUGUGGGCACCCUCGGGCUGGUGGGCUGCUCAGCCUUGAAGCUCCUGAACAGCGGGCUCUUCCUGGCCAGCCGCUACCCAGUCCUGGCUGUGCAGUACCACUGCUACCCCAACGGCACUGGCGAGGACGCCUUCUCUGCCAAAGGACUGCUCUGUGUGCAGGUGCAACUGGGAGCUUCUCAAGGGCAAAGGAUUGUGGGGUACCUGAACUGCACCCACAUGCACGCUCCAGAAGCUGACGCCCAGGUCCGGUACGACCAGCUGACUCUGAGUCUCCUUUGGGCGCAGCAAUUCCAGGACGCAAACGCUCAGCCUGGGGACGUAGUGGCCUUUGACAUCUACUGCGGGGACCUCAACUUUGACAACUGCUCGACAGGGGAUGCGCUGGAGCAAGUGCAUGAGAUCUUCAACGUCUACACGGAUCCGUGCCGCAUCGGACCCCGGAAGGACAAGCCUUGGGCUAUCGGCACCCUGAUGAAUUACCUGAAGAUCUAUAGCAAGUCUGUGUCGACCCCAAAGCGCAUGCAGAAAACCCUGGGGCAGCCCAAGGGACGGCGGAAGUACCUGGCCGGCCCCAUCACGGACGACGGGACCCCCGACCCCUCGGUGACCUCGAGCGAGGGGCGGCGCAUUGACUACAUCCUUUACAGGGAACACCUCAACCCCCUGGAGCUGAAAACGGCUCUGGAGAAGUUCUUCUUCAUCACUCGCCUGGCCACCUUCUCAGACCACCUGCCAGUGGGCCUGCAACUUCGCCUGACAACACAGCCGGAAGUGUGAACUCUUCCCACGCCAAGCCAGGGAGGCAGAAGCCGGGGGGGGGAGGCAUCUGUGAGCAGGAAGACACACCCCCUCCACAGAGCUCAGCAGCGGCAGGAUCAGGCCCUGGGCCCAGUUUGAGUGGCGAGGAAGAGAUGAGCUUCUCUACAGGGCAGGGUUUCCUGGGGCAAAGGAGGCCUCAGGCCAACCUGGAGAUGUGGGAAGGGGCUCCACUGGCAGGCUGCUUCCGCCUGCCAAUCUGAGGCCGACCUUCAGGAACCCCAUUGCUGCCCCAAGGGCAUGCCUGCAAUGGCCAUAGCCCCCACACCCUCAGCAUUUGCAAGCUUUCGAGGGUUUUACCAAACGGGGGCGUAAAAACAAAUGUCCUGAGUGACGUGAUUGUGACUCGUCCCUCUAAGGGACACAUGGAAUUUGAGGGGUGACCCUCCUUUGUCAACUCAAGGUGGCCCCACCAAGCGCGAGGGGUGGUGCCUGGGGGGUGGCAGCACCACUCAGGUGGGCGGAAAUAGGGGAACCCGGCUGGCAUGGGCAUGACACCUCUGGGAAUGUCAUGCUGGUCAUUGCCUGCUUCAGGGCUGAAGUUUCCCCACCCCAAACGGUUGUGUUUUCACCCAACAGUUUCUGCUUUGUGAAAUGCAGAAGGAGUUCUUAGCACCUCUGUGCCAAAAGUGAGUGCCCACCUGCUCACCUUCAUACCUUUCAAUAAACUUCGACUCGUUUCUGUGCAAUAAACUUCGACUCGUUUCUGUGGCUUUGGAGUGGCCUCUGGCCAGAGACCCAGCAGCUCCCAAGUGCAGGCUAAGAUUCGCCACCUGGAGAUCCGUGGAGCCCUGAGGCCGGGCUGCACUCGCUGCCGUCCCAAAGAAGCGCAGAUCCCUUUGACAUUCGCUUGGAGCACUGCAGGUUUAACUGUUUGUAAAAAAAGCAGGCAGACAACUGGGUUAAGACGGCUUCUGCUGAGAUGGUUCUGACUGCCGCCAAGAUGGCCGGCCUGCCCUGCGUUUCCGUCUUGAGCAGAGCUGCCCCAGUGGCUGCACAUGGUCAUGUGGAAGGAGACUUAUGCGUCUCAUGGCGUGAGCAGCUGACCCAGGCAGGGCAGGAGACCCUUGGCUGGAGGCUGCCUGCAGGGGGAGGCUCCUUUGCCUUCUCUGCCACAGACGCUUUGGUUGAGAUUCCUGCCUCGCAGGGGGCUAGACUAGAGGACCCUGGAGUAUCGCUCAGCUCUGCACUGCUAUCAUGAGGAAGCGGUCUGUCUACUUGAAUUUUAACAAGGAGAAAUGUAAAGUACUACACUUGGGCAAAAAAAGAGGCACAAAUACAGGAUGGGAGACACCUGGCUUGAGAGCAGUACAUGUGAAAAGGACCUAGGAGUCUUGGUAGACCACAAACUUGACAUGAGUCAGCAGUGUGAUGCAGCAGCUAAAAAAGCCAAUGCAAUUCUGGGCUGCA